GCGCAAUUUUCCCUCUCAUUUGUGCCGGUUGAUUUCGAGGGUGGUUGUGUCGUCCCUGUGUUCUUUUAAACAAGAAUCUCUUAGUAUUUGUUUAUAUUUUUGUUAAAAACAACAAAUCAAAAUGUUUGAAGCACGUUUAAUAAACAGCGCCCACUUCAAGAAAGUUCUUGAUGCAAUUAAAGACCUUCUAAAGGAGGCUUCUUUUGAUUGUUCUGAAUCUGGAAUUCAACUACAAGCUAUGGAUGAUGCCCACGUUUCUUUGGUGUUUUUAACACUCAGAUCUGAUGGAUUCGAUAAAUACAGAUGCGACAGGAACUUAACCAUGGGAAUGAACAUCGAAAACUUGUCCAAGAUAUUUAAAUGCUCCAGCAAUGACGACACAGUUACAAUGAAGGCUCAGGAUGAUGCAGAUACAGUUACCUUUACCUUUGAAUCCAAAAAACAGAAAAUCUCCGACUAUGAAAUGAAACUCAUGAACUUGGAUCAAGAACAUCUUGGAAUUCCUGAAACCGACUUCUCCUGUGUGAUCCGCAUGCCUUCUGCAGAAUUUGCAAGAAUCUGCAGGGAUUUAUCUCAAUUUGGUGAAUCCAUUGUUAUUUCCUGCACCAAAGAAGGUGUUAAGUUUUCCACAUCUGGUGAUAUUGGCAGUGCCAACAUAAAACUUGCACAAAACAACAACUUUGAUAAGGAAGAAGAAUCAGUUACCAUUGAAAUGCAAGAACCAGUAACGCUCACCUUUGCUUGUCGUUACUUAAAUUUUUUUACAAAAGCCACCCCACUAGCCCAACAAGUACAAUUGUCCAUGUCUGAUAAUGUACCUUUGGUGGUUGAAUAUCAAAUCCCUGAUUUAGGUCAGAUCUGCUACUAUUUGGCACCCAAAAUUGAAGAAGAUGAAAAUUAACAUCUGUGAAGUAUUUAGUUGUAAGAUUGUAUUUUAAGUUUCAAAUUUUUUUACUCCAUGUACAAUUGCGUUUCGUUUUUAUAAAUAAAUCCUAUUUAUUG